CUUUCCAAAAAAAUCAAUAGACACAUAUAAAAGUGAAAGCGGCGAUAAUGGUCAGACCAAAACCUGACGCCGGAUCAGCCGCUGUGCUCCAAAGUUCCUCCUGAGUAGGAAGACCCCAUCCCCCACAAUGUUCUCGGGACAGAAAGGUAAAAUGAAGAACGUCGCCUCCUUCAUCAAAGAAAACGUCAACAUCGUUGAGAACUCCAUUCUCGGUAUCGUUCUUCUCGGGUUGGAGAAACUCAUGGACCUGGAAUUUACGUGUCCCGCUGACGAAGGCCUGGGGAUCGGCUACAGCUUGGUGUUCCUCAUCGUCCCGACUCUAAUUGUCGGAUUUGUGGCGUGCUAUUUUAUCCAGGAAGGGCUGUACGGCAAAGCCAGAAAAAAAGGGAACAGCGCAGAGAUCAGAGGCGGUACCGAGGAGGGCGACACUGCAAUCAACGUCCAAUCAAAUUUAGAAACAUCGGAAACAAAGACUGAAACCAAGAACGCAAAGUGCGGGAUCUGCUGCGCAAAAACUUUUUUUGUAAUUAAGGUCGUUGUGGCCUGGAUACUGAUUGUACUGACCGACGGGCGAUACGGCGACUGCUUCGUGAGGUCCGUGGAUGAGAGGAUAAAAAACCCUCAUUACUCUGCGCUGAGCGCGAAAGAAAUACUAAAUAAUUACUUGACACAUUUGUUCCAGAUUAUUGGCCUUAUACUGAUUCUGCUGGCAAUCAUUUUGGUUUGUUUCUGCGAACUGAAGAUCAAAUCCAUUCUCUCAUCAUGUGGGGGCAAAUGCAGGCGCAAAUGCAAAUGUGAAUGUGAAUGUGAAUGUGAAUGUGAAUCAGAAUCAGAAUCAGAAUCAGAAUUGGAAUCAGAGAAGUCUAGGAGGAAGAAUGAAGAAAAUUUGCUCCAGAUCACGGAGGACACCUUACAGGAACAAGCCAGGAAGAGGCAGGAGGAGUUUGUGGUGACUCUACUUUGUAGAGAAGACUGGGCGUCUUACGACCCGGGAUCACCCAACGCCUUGGAGGAACUGGGGAAAAUCACAGCCAAAUGGAAAGAGGAAGUAAAGAGACAAUUAGAAGGUGAAAAGCGGACUGAGGCAAAAGAGACGCCCGCCUUGGGCAGACAAAUGAGGAAAGAGCCUCUGCUGCCUCCUAAUCAUCAAGGCGUGACUUUACACCUCAAACCGCUCAGACAAGGAGAUUACCGUCAUAAGUGAGCCGAAAGGAGCACCAAAUGUUGAGUCCGCUGGUCAUAACCCCUUCCCGCCGAGCAUACGCAGAUAUGUGGCCUCGGCUUUAGGGGGUUAUACCGGGAUGAUGCCCGCAGCUGCAGGCAUAAUCCCGGUACCUAUUUUUAGAGCGGGCGGUCGGCUUUCCAGUGUUAACAACCAAUGUGGCUAAAAGCCGCUCGGUUUUUAUCCUGGAGGAGCGGGAGGGCACAUUCCCCUCCCCCGCCACCUCCCGCCGCUCUUACCGGGCCUCCCUUCCCACCGAGAAACCUGAUCAAUGAUGCGCCACUUCCAGAGCCUAGACACAGACUGGAACAAAGCCGGAAAUGGCUUCGUUCCAGUCUCCUGAAUGUAAACACGGAGGCGACGUCACGACGACACUUGCGGUUUACUCGGCUGCCAAUGGCGUCGGAUUAAAAAAUAUAUAUAUAUACAGUAUUCAGAAUCGCCAUUUU